AUGAUACAGCUUCCUGGAGACAAAUCUACGCCUGAUGAUAGAAACUAUGUUGGAGCCGUAGUCGAAUAUAUGGUAAAUGCAAACUCAACAGUUAAUUUGCAAAAUUAUAUCCAUUUACUACAAGAUGCUGCUCUUCAGAAUGCUGACAUCAUCGUCUUUCCUGAGCUAGCGCUGACAUCGCCAAGCCAAGUUGAAAUUCCUCUCAACGGCUUGCUAAAAGAUUACCCGAUUCCAGCACUGCAACCUGAACUUUAUGAUGAGUUUUUGGUGGCCAUAUCGUCAGCAGCAAUAGAGAAUGACAUAUAUGUGGUCAUAAACUUGGAAGAGUUGUUGAAUUGCACUAGCGGCUAUGUCACUGGAGAGAGCUGUCCUGAACAAAAGGUUUACAUUUUCAGCACCAAUGUAGUAUUUGAUAGAAGUGGUGCAGUUAUAGACAGAUAUCGUAAAAUUAAUCUAUUCGGGGAAUUAACUCGUACUCCAGCACUUUCACCUGAAUUAGGAAUCUUUGAAACUGAUUUUGGCGUUACCUUUGGCCACUUAACCAGUUUAGAUCUAUUGUUCCAAGUACCAGCAAUCCAAAUGGUUCAAAAGCACAAUAUUACUAAUAUUAUUUUCCCUGUGAGGUGGGCAUCGGAAAUGCCGUUUUUGACUGCCGUAUCGAUUCAACAGGCAUACGCCGUUGCUAUGAACGUGAAUUUAUUAGCAGCCGGAGCUAAUGACGUUGGAAUGGGAAAGACGGGUUCUGGAAUUUACUCUGGCAGAACUGGGUCGCUAGUAAGCGUGAUGACUGGCAUACCUACUACACGACUACUUGUUUCCAGAGUACCUAAGACACCUGGACGGAAGUAUAGAUAUAGAGCUACAGCUUUCAGUGGCGUCCGAACCUACAACCAGAUAGAGGCCGUUGGCUCAAGGCUUUGCGCCGUAAUCGCCUGCACCGACGAUACUAUCGAAUCUUGCGGUAAAAGAUUCCCGCAAUAUUCGCCAAAUUCUACAGCCGUCUUUGAAAUUUUGGAAAUAACCGCAGCCGUUCCUAUUCCAGAGACAGACGAAGAUCUGUCAGCGAAGAACGCAGUAUAUUUCCCCGUUACUUUAGACACAUCGAUCAUGCCACUUAAACCUGCCGAUUACUUGUUCGAAGAAGUACGUCAAAUCUUAGAUUCUUACACCGUUUAUCUUUUUGUACUGAGGAACUUGAAAGCUGAAUUAUACAGCUUUGGACUGUGGGGCAGAGAAUUUAGCACUGAUGGUGAAACUACAGAUAAUGACAGUCCUGAAGAAACGCCCACCCCUGAUUCGGCCUGUAUACCUCGACUUCAUAUAAUGUUUUUGUUUUUUGCUAUCUUAGCUUUGGCUCUAUAG